AUGGAUCAUACGAAAAGGAUAUUGGUAACUGGAGGGGCAGGUUAUAUUGGAAGUCAUACGGUCGUAGAGCUCCUUGAAUCGGGUUACGAUGUGGUUGUCCUGGAUAACCUGAGCAACUCGAGUGAGGAGGCGCUGCGCAGGGUACGGGAGCUCACCGGGGCCAGUGAGCAGCGGCUGCAGUUUCAAGCCGUUGACCUCACGGAUGGCGUUGCACUGGACGCUGCUGUGGCAAAAUCAGCGCCAAUCAGCGCUUGUAUUCACUUUGCAGGCCUGAAAGCUGUAGGCGAGUCUGUAGAGCAACCGUUGCGGUAUUACCGGAACAACUUGAUUGGCACGUUGAACCUUCUGCAGAGCUUAAACCGCCACGGAUGUCGUCGAUUUGUGUUUUCAUCGUCGGCGACAGUGUACGGGCAGGCAGAAAAGGUGCCGAUUUCGGAAACAUCACCACUUGGUGCCACGAAUCCAUACGGCAAAACCAAAUUGUUUAUUGAAGAGUUCUUGCGGGAUCUGCACGCCUCGCCACAUGGUGGACGCGACUGGCACAUUCUCAUCCUGCGCUACUUUAAUCCCGUUGGUGCCCAUGCUUCCGGGCGUAUCGGGGAAGAUCCCGUGGGUAUUCCGAAUAAUUUGAUGCCGUUUAUCGCACAGGUUGCCGUCGGACGCCGAGAGUUUCUCUCGGUGUACGGGAAUGACUACCCCACUCCGGAUGGAACCGGCGUUCGUGACUACAUUCAUGUGGUGGAUUUAGCAAAGGGCCAUGUGGCGGCGUUAGAGAAACUUGAAAAAGACGAGGCAAACGUGGGCUGCGUUGCGGUAAACCUUGGCACCGGCCGAGGAUACUCCGUGCUUGAGAUGGUGAAAGCUUUCGAGAAAGCGUCCGGGCGUCGUAUUCCGUACAAAAUUGUUGCGCGAAGACCAGGCGAUGCUGCUGUUGUCUACGCGGAUCCGAGCUUUGCCAAAACAUUCCUCGGUUGGGAAGCCAAGCUCGGUAUCGAUGAAAUGUGUGCGUCCACGUGGAAAUGGCAGAGCGAGAACCCUCAUGGAUACCGGAAAGAAGGGUCAGACUAG